UCUUUUGUCAUUAGCCACACACAAAUUCCAAAUGCACACCUUCACACACAUACACAUACUUAUACACACUUUCAUACAUACACGCAUGCACACCUACACACAUACCAACACAGACACACACACAGGUCUAUGAGACUAACCUCAGUUCCUGUAUUACAUGGGAAAGGAUAGAGAGAGAGAGAGAGGUAACAGCUACUUUGGUGAGAGGAGAGAAAGAGAGAGAGUGAGUCAAUCGUGGGUGGAAGAGAGAGAGAGAGAGAGAGAGACAGUUGUGAGAGGAAGAGAGAGUGAGGGGGAGAGAGAGAGAGAUACACAGACAAUUGUGAGAGGGUGAAAGAGUGACUCAGUUACCGGUGGAAGAGAGACCGAGAGUCAGUUGAAAGUGAAAGAGAGUCGAUUGGACUUCAGUCAGGUCAGUCAGAUUUUGGUGCUUGACAAAACACAACUUACAGUUUAACAUGAGAGAGAUUGUACAUAUCCAGGCUGGCCAAUGUGGCAACCAGAUUGGGUCAAAGUUCUGGGAAGUGAUAUCGGUGGAACAUGGAAUCGAUGCCUCUGGAGUCUACCAAGGAAAAUCUUCCAAACAACUGGAACGGUCUUAUGUCUAUUUCAAUGAAGCAUCCAGUGGCAAAUAUGUCCCACGAGCCAUCCUCUUGGAUUUGGAACCAGGAACAAUGGAUUCUGUCCGGUCCGGUCCAUACGGUAACCUAUUUCGACCUGACAACUAUGUAUUUGGUCAAACGGGAGCUGGCAAUAACUGGGCCAAAGGACAUUACACAGAAGGCGCUGAACUUGUUGACACUGUUUUAGAUGUAAUCCGAAAAGAAUGUGAAGGUUGUGAAUGUGUCCAAGGAUUCCAGAUGACCCAUUCGCUGGGUGGAGGUACUGGAGCUGGCAUGGGUACCUUACUCAUUAGUAAAAUCCGCGAAGAAUACCCGGAUCGAAUCAUGACUACAUUUUCUGUGAUGCCUUCUCCCAAAGUAUCCGACACAGUUGUCGAACCUUACAAUGCCACCCUGUCUGUCCACCAAUUGGUCGAGAACACAGAUGAAACCUUUUGUAUUGAUAACGAGGCUCUCUAUGACAUAUGCUUCCGGACCCUCAAACUGCCCAAUCCUACCUAUGGUGAUUUGAACCAUCUUGUAUCAGCAACAAUGUCCGGUGUCACCACCUGCCUUCGCUUCCCAGGACAACUGAAUGCUGACCUACGAAAACUUGCAGUCAACAUGGUGCCAUUUCCUCGGCUCCACUUUUUCAUGCCCGGUUUCGCUCCACUCACAUCCCGCGGCAGCCAACUCUAUCGCUCGCACAGCGUUUCUGACUUGACACAGCAACUGUUCGAUGCCAAAAACAUGAUGGCUGCCUGCGACCCUCGUCACGGUCGUUAUUUAACUGUUGCCGCCGUCUUCAGAGGACAGAUGUCUAUGAAAGAGGUUGACGAGCAGAUGUUUAGCAUUCAAAAUAAGAACAGCCCCUUCUUUGUUGAGUGGAUCCCUAACAAUGUGAAAACUGCUGUCUGUGACAUUCCACCCACAGGUCUGGAGAUGUCCGCUACCUUCAUUGGUAACAGCACCGCAAUCCAGGAAAUCUUUAAGCGAAUAUCAGAACAAUUCACAGCAAUGUUCCGACGUAAAGCAUUCCUACAUUGGUACACAGGAGAAGGAAUGGAUGAAAUGGAAUUUACCGAAGCUGAGUCAAACAUGAACGAUUUGGUGUCUGAGUACCAACAGUACCAAGAGGCUCGGGCCACCGAUUCCGAUGAAUAUGAUGAUGAAGAUCAAUAUAAUGAACAAGAAUAAACAGACAACAUUGCAGUUACUGUUGCCACACCAAUUCAAUAACGAUAAUGAUCGUAAUUAUAAUAAUAAUAAUAAUAAUAAUAAUAAUAACGAUGAUAAUGGUGAUGAUGAUCAUUUCUUUGGCUUAGGUGCAUGAGUACUUCUGUAAAUGAAUGGAAAACUGUUUAUUAUGUUGAUCUCAGUAUAUUACUGGGUUGUAUACACAUACACACACAUAUACAUACAUCUGUACACACACACACACACACAUAUAUGUAUAUAUAUACAUGCACACAUAUAUACACACGUGUGUUUGUAUGUACAUAUAAAUAUAUAUACGUGUGUACGUAUGGUAUGCAUAUGAACAAUAAAUAUUCUUCAGUGAGCUUUUGCAGCUGAUUGAUGUUGGCCCAACUCGUUCCAAAUGCUUCCAAUCUAUCCUGCUUAAUUAAUUACAACAAAACCAAAGCAGAACACAGCAUUACCAACAUUCUACUGAACUUUGCAUUGCUUGGAUGUGACAAAAUCGUCUUUCUGGGUUCCUCAGAGAUGCUGGAAUAAAAAUUGGACUUCCAUUUUUCAUUUCUCCUGUUAAUAUUUUGCUAUGUUUGCAAUAAAGAAAACAAUUGUUACAAAACUAAAAUUUCAGUUUUACACAGCUUGGACACUUGACCACGACAUUGUGAGAAAGAAGAAAAAGUAUCCAUUGUUUGGACAAAAUGUUAAAUAUAAUGUUAUGGCUUCAAUAAACAAUUUUAAAUGCAACGAAAUAAAUGGAAAAAAAUGAAAUAAAGCCAAAAAUAAGUCUUCCUUUAAGCAUUAAUUAUUCAA